UUAGUUAGCACAAUUUUUUCGCCCGCUGCGCUGUUUAUUAUUCGUUCUCUCUCAAAAUACAAAAAUAAAUCCAAUCUAUUGCGUAUUAAUUUCAUUUUAAUGUUUUCAAGGAAUGCUCUCCGUGAUGCAGCAACCCUUUACGUGUUUCAUGGACGUUGAAAGUUCGAGAACUUACAUCGAUGAUCUCUAUUCGGACGAUUUGGAGAAAUGUCUCGAUGCGAUGGUCUCGUUGAAGAACUCGGUUAUUGGGAGCAAUCGACAGAAGGGCUCGAUUAUUGCCCGGGGAGUCGUUCCGAGGAUAAUGCAACUUUUGGCGGACUCGCAACAUGAAGCUCUCAAAUUGGAAGCAGCUGUCACUCUGUGUUCAUUAGCCAAAGGAAGUCCUGAGCAUGUACAAGCCCUGGUCGACUCUGGUUGUGUUCAACUUCUACUAAAUGUGAUCUCAACUGUGAAUCGUGAUAAACUUAUCGAGACCUGUCUGAGUGCAUUGAGGUCCCUGUACAGUCACAAGGCGACUCCGGUAGAACUCUUGCAAGAUGGCAAAAAUAUUCUUGAGUUGCUCGUCAGAUUAGCUGGACCUGAGAGCUCGGUGACCACUCAGGCCUGUGUUGCUAGUUUGUUGAAUGCAAACUGCAGAAAUCAUAAUGGACAGAACGUGUUAUGGAAAUUAGGAACCUGUCAAGUGUUAGCACGUCUGAUAGCAACACCAUACUCAAUCGUCCAGAUACCAGCAUUGUCCUGCCUAGCCUCAAUGAUCUACAACAAUCCAACUAUAGCUCUAGCAGUCUACAAUUCUAGUCAUAAUGAAACACGUUUACCUGAAUUACUGGUGCGUCUAACCUCACGCUCACAGCCUCCUGAUAUUCAACUACGUGCUGCAAGGUGCCUGUCUUUGUUACACAGAAGCGGAGCACUUUCUGCAAGCGAUAAAGGUGUGGCCUAUGGGGCUUUACCAUGCUUGGUCCGAUUGUGUGCUCCUGAUAAAGAAAUCAGCUUAGAAAUCAGAGCGAGGGCUGCAGAGUCUUUAGCAUACCUUGCAGAGGUGAAUACUUCCCUGCAAAGGAUAGCAGCAAUCUCAAACCAUCUCAUAGCAUCUCUGGCCGAUUUGCUGAAUUCGGGGGACCCCCGAGGUAAGCAAGCAGCGUUUCGUUGUUUUGCGUCGUUGGGGGCCAACGAUGAAGACACGAAGAGGAUUAUUGAAAUUGAAGGUUUAAUGGAUCAUGUACUGAGUGGACUGGAAGGGACUUCAUCAGAUAGUGAAAAGAAUGGAGGUGAUGAUAAGAAAGAAUCGGUUCGUCUAGCUGCUGUUAAAUGUCUAUUAUCUUUAUCAAGAUCCGUCCAACAACUAAGAACUACAUUUCAGGACCAUUCUGUUUGGAGGCCUUUAAUGUCAGUUCUGACUUCUUCUCCGUCGCCUGAAUUAUUAACAGUGACCACUUCGACUCUGUGCAACUUAUUAUUAGAAUUCAGUCCUGCGAAAGAACCCAUGCUGGAAUGUGGAGCCCUGGAACUAUUAUGUGAACUAACCACUCGACAAGAGGCUCCUUUGAGGCUUAAUGGUGUCUGGGCCUUGAUGAAUAUCGCUUUUCAGGCUGAACAGAAGAUGAAAAAGCGAAUAUUGGCAACUCUUGGAAUGCCUCAGAUCUUUCGGUUGUUGGAAGAUUCUGAUACUGAGGUGAUUAUGAAGACACUUGGUUUGUUGAGGAAUCUUCUGUCGCCCAGAUCACAUAUCGAUGAUAUCAUGUCGGACUAUUCCAACGAGGUCCUCCGUGCAGUCUCCAGAGUUCUCGAUGCUGGUCUCAACGUCAACAGCAUGGCAUCCUCGAGUUCCACCAACAACUCAAACAACAACUCCAGCAAUUCGAGCGACGUUCCAAUGAAUUCCGUCUAUCCAUCUUCAAACAAUAGUAUAAGCGAAAUAAACAAUCACAACAGUACAAGUUUGAAUGUGGCCUCUAUGAACAUAAACAACACAAUGUAUUCGAAUAACACCUUGAAUGAUAUAUCGAUGAAUGAUCUAUCAUCGAGCGAUAUGUCGAAUGACGUGCCGAUGUUUACGGGUGGUGCGACUAAUUCGAUGUUUACACCUAGUUCGAUUCAGAAACAUGAUAAUAAGAAUUGUUCGGCUAUUAUUGAGCUGACGGAGCAGGCUCUGUGCAUCCUGGGGAAUAUUUGCGAUGGACAGGCUGGUAAAGAGUACGUUAUGGCUGAUGAGAGGCUUUUGAGGAAGUUGGCUGAUUUCAUUAUGCAUCCGGAGCCCAAAUUCCAGGCUGCUUCAUUGUAUGCUGUUAGCAACCUGGUUUGGAAGUCUGAUCCAGGCUCGGAGAGGCGCCAGGCGAAGCUGCGAGAAUUAGGAAUUUAUAAUCUACUUGAGAGGAUCGUGACUGACGAUGAAGCCAUCUUCGAUAAGGUAAAAAGUACCAUCACGCAGUUCGAGUCUUAAGCUAGAAAAAAUAAAUAGCACAAAUUUCUGGAAAUUUGGAUUAAGAUAUUUAACUUUAUUUGAUGUGGAUAUCAAAUUAUUUAUGUAACUAGGUAUUUGACAAAUUUAGUAUUGCAUCGAGGAUUCAUCAAAAGAACUUAAUUAUCAACUCAAAAACUAUUGAGAUUAUGUUAAACAAUUUUGAGCUACUUUUCCUCAUCAUUUCAAUUUCGAUGUUGUCAAAUACCUUCAUGCACUCAUUAAUUCACCAUUUGAAAAGUGCUAGUACAUUUCUACCAAAAACACGAGGAAAGAGGUAAGACAUUUUAGUGUUUUUCAAACUUAACUAUUAAGUAGAUUAAUAAAAGAUUCUAAAUUCAACUGAAAUUAAUACUAGUUACCUUAUGAUUUCUGUAAAUAAUAAUAUAUAUGAGAGUUUGUACAAAAAACGAAAGAUUAUUAGAUUAAUUAAUACUACUUGCAUGUGUAAUUGUAUUAUUUAUGAUGAUAACGACGACGAUGAUGAUGAUAUG